UCCUGCCGCUAGGAUGCACGUGUACGCACGGCCGCUGCAAUUGAUAACUUACAUUGUGGCACAUUUAAUAUUAAAAUAAAAAAACAGCUUAAGCAGAAACGAAAAUAAAGAAAAACAACGGCUAUUUAAUAACUGUAUCCCCAGUCAAACCAACAACAACAAAACGAACGUUGCUCACGUACGAGGCGGAUACACAAAAAUGCGAAGCUCACGCGCGCCCAUGUGUGCGUUUGUGUGUGUGUGUGUGUGUGUGUGCGUGUGUGUGUGAGUGAGUGAUUGUAUCGGUGUGUGUAGUGCUUAUAUCGCAUACCUAUAGAGCAGUACCUAAUGUGCCCGUGCAUACAUAUACAUACAAAUAAAAUAAUACAAAGGCAACGUUGUCGUCGCUGUCCUCGACGCCCUGCUUCUUCCCGUUUCCCCGCGCCGUUCGUGUCCACGUUCAUUGUCGUUGGUCGAGUGCUAAACGGAAAUAUUUGGUAGUCCAGGUUAUUGCCAGAACAAAAAUAUAAGGAAAAAACAAUAAAAAAAUAAAAACGGAAAGAAAAACACAAACGUUGAACCGGAGAAAGCAACAAUGGCAGCCCAAAUGAGCGGCAAUCGAAGCGAGAAAUGUUUGCACACAUAAAUGUUGAGUUUCCACUAAUUAUUCCGCAUUGCGCAAUCGAUUGUCAAAAUAAAUCAGCUCAGCAAAAAGUAACGAAUUCCGAAUUUGGCUCAAAAUGAAGCCGGCACACAGGCAAUGCGAGGAGUACACAUAGGACAGGUGCUUAGAGACUUUAUCAGACUUAAGCCUCUAUGUUGAGGCAGAGGAAAGGCCACUGGAAACAACAACAACAAGAGGAGAAAGUAUAAUAAAGCCGAGAAAAAAUCAGCUGCCAGUUCAUCGAUCAACGUGAAUUAUGUCGAGGGACAACAAAUACAGUUGGGCCUGCCCCCAGAAAGUGCUUUGGCUAACCCAGCUGUGGCUCUUGCUGCUGUUAUUUGAAAGCAGCCUGGUCAUCAGCGAAGUGCCUCCACAUUACUGGGAAACCCCCUACUCAAUGCCGUAUUUUGAUAACUCCUCGCGGCGCGAGGUCACGGCAACCGUGGGGCAAGCGGCGCUGCUGCAUUGCCGCGUUAGGAAUCUGGGCGACCGGGCGGUCUCCUGGAUACGCAAGCGGGACCUGCAUAUACUGACCGUGGGCAUAUUGACCUAUACGAACGAUCAGCGCUUUCAGUCGCUGCACUCGGAGGGCUCCGAUGAGUGGACGCUGCGCAUCUCCUCGCCGCAGCCGCGCGACUCCGGCACCUACGAGUGCCAGGUCUCGACGGAGCCGAAAAUCAGUCAAGGAUUUCGCCUGAACGUCGUGGUGUCGCGCGCUAAAAUUCUUGGCAAUGCUGAGCUGUUCAUCAAGAGCGGCAGCGACAUUAAUCUCACCUGCCUGGCGAUGCAGUCGCCGGUGCCACCGUCGUUUAUCUACUGGUACAAAGGCAAGCGGGUCAUGAAUUAUUCGCAGCGUGGGGGCAUUAAUGUCAUCACCGAGCGCUCGACGCGGACCAGCAAGCUGCUGAUAGCCAAGGCCACGUCCGCUGAUUCCGGCAACUACACGUGCUCGCCAAGUAGCUCAGACUCCGCCUCGGUGGUAGUGCAUGUCAUAAAUGGCGAACAUCCGGCUGCAAUGCAGCAUGGCAACAGCAGCGCCAGCUCCUUGCGGUCCACGUGGAGCCCAGUGCCUUUACUUGCCAUAACAACGACGACAGCUGCGGUGGCUGUCACAUGGAACUGGAACUGGAGCAGCAGCAGCAGCAGCUUUGUUGCAGCCACAGCGCUGCUGCCGGCGGCGCUGGCGAAUUGGUGGGGCCGCCGCAGCACCAGCUGGAGCUGGAGUUGGAGUCUGAGCUGA